AUGCGCCAUGUGACUGGUCCGAUGGAUCUUGUUCUGUCACCCAUACUCCAUCGGACUAUGAUGUGCGCGAAGUGGGCGGGCGGGCAAAGGAAAACGAGAUGCUGGAGAGCGCCCCCCCCCUCCCUCCUCCCUCCUCCCCUCUCCCGGGCUCGCGGUGGGUGGGUGCCCUGGUGCCCUGGUACAGGGCCUCUGGGGGGGUCGGACGGCAAAAGUUGGCCCGUUCUAUUGGCCGUGGCAGCGCUGGGCACGGAUUGCAGGGAUGCCCCGAUUGACCCGAAGCAAAACGUGGGCGGGCAGGGGUUUGGUACGCCGCUGCCCGUCUGCUCGAUACCGUUUGCGUAUUUACGGAGAGGCGUUGGCCGUAUUACCAAAACGGGCCCUGAUCAACAGACAGGGGGGAAUAUCACACAUGUCGGAGGGAGAGAGAUGUCGGGUCAUGUACUGUAG